AUGUCAGGCGAGCAAAUAAUGGAAAGCUACACAAUGCCCUCCACUUCUGCCGCUUCCCCUGAUGCCUUGCUUGAAGAUGGUGCGAUCAACGACGAAGUGGAGAUGAAAAUGCUUCAAGAGAGGAUCCAAAGUGACAAAGCUUCACUGCAGCUCUUGAAGGAGAAAACGAGGCAGCAAGCAAAUCGAAAAAAGCAACGCGAGCUGCAAGAACUAGCACGGAGGAGGAAGGCGACGAAACUGCACAAUAAGAUUUUGGCUUCCAUGGUAAAACUUGUGCAGGAAGACCUUGCACAAGGAUACUCCUUUGGCAUUAUAACAAACCAUGGCAAGUCGAUAGUUGCUUCCUCUGACAACCUUCGAGAAUGGUGGAAGGAGAAGGUGAAGUUCCAGGUGAAUGCCCCUAGGGCUAUCGAAAGGUUCAAGAAGAGGAACCCAAUCCUCGUAUCAAGUAGCAACAAUAACUCUGAGACUUCCAUCCCUGGUGCAUUGAAGCAGCUAACAGAUACUAUAUUGAGCUCAGUCAUUUCGGCUCUUACGCCGCAUUGCGACCCUCCGCAGCGAAGAUUCCCGAUAGAGAAGGGUGUUCCGCCACCAUGGUGGCCUAGUAUGAUGGAAGAAUGGUGGCCCAAGUUGGGCUUCCCAGUGGAUCAAUUACCUCCUCCCUAUAAGAAGCCGCACGACUUGAAGAAAGGUUGCAAGAUUAACGUCCUCAUGGCCAUGAUCAUGCACUUACUUCCCGACACCCAGAAGAUUCAUGAGCUUGUAAGCAAAUCGAAAUCCCUUCAAGAUCGGAUGAGCAUGAAAGAAAGCCAGCUUUUCUCCUCUGUGCUUUGCCAGGUAAGUAGGCUUUACCAGCCUAUGCAAUCUUCAGCUAUUCCUGAUGAUGACGACGACGUUGGCUCCAGCAGCAGAGCUAGUCGGUAUGAGGUUGAAGCAUGUGAUGGAGGCUCUCAUGAUGACAUAGUGAGUUUCGGCAUGGUUGGUGAGAAUAUCUUUGGUUUGAAUGCUUCUGGUGAGAUGGAGGGCAUCCCAGUUUCAGCUCCUUUGGAGAACAACCAAUGGAUGGAGUUUGCUCAGCACAGUACUAGAUCAGAUCAGCCACAGUUCCUGAAUCAUGAUUGGAGGAAUGCUCAACAAAAUACUUGGCCAAAUUGCAAUGUCGUGGCUCAAAAUCCUCAAGUUACUGGGCUAGCUCAGAAUCCUCAGGUUACCGGGCUAGCUCAGAAUCCUCAGGUUACUGGGCUAGCUCAAAAUCCUGAAGUUACUGGGUUAAGUCCUCUUGGCUCAAAUUCUGGUCCUGUGAACGUCUCUGGUCCCGGUAAUUCAGAUGAUGGGCAAACUUUAAUAGGUGGUAUGAUGAGGUUUUCUAAUAAUGAUAUUAAUCAGGGCAACAACUUGGUGGUUCAACAAGGUCCAGCAACUGUGAACAACAACAUGAACGUUGCUCAGCCAAUAUUUACAAGCAGUCCUGGUAUUUACCACCUGACAGUCGCUGGAAAUACGCGUAUGUUUCAGCAGAAACCUAGCAUGGAUUCAUGUCCUCUUCAACAGCUAACUGGGAUGCAGAGAAGCAGCAACCUUGGACAAGGUAUUGGAACGAACAACCAGAUGACUCAAGCUAACAACCUCAAUCAAACCGAGAUGUACCCAAAUGAAAAUAUUGCAUUUGCACCUAGAUUUGGGAAACAGCCUAAUGGUGCAAUUCUUAACCUAGACUAUGCUACUAUUGCCAACUUCUCCACGAUGGAGGACACCAGUGCUUUCUCUGGCAGAGUUGAGGAGGGGAUGCUGAUGCAAGACAGUAGUUAUUCCUGGCCAACAAAUUUUGGUUUUUAG